CUCUCAAUGCAGAAAAAGAGAGAGAAAGAGAGAGAGAAAGAGAGAGAUAGAGAGACAAAGACAGAGAGAGGGAGAAAGAGAGACAGAAAUUUCCUCUUAUAUUUGUAAUAAUUGGCAACACUGGCAUACACUUCAUUUGCACAUAUUAACUCGUAGAGAGACCGGGACACAAAAUCACGGUUUGGAAAUAUUCUUAUUUCAGUCGCGCUCGUUUCGACAUUAAGGGUGGGGAAUCUAUUUAUAAAUUGGGGGAUGUUCCAUGCGUCGCCCACGCCCGCAGUGCCCACUAGGUGCAGAUAUGUCUUUUCGUGUUGUACGCAGCAGCAAGUUCCGCCACGUGUACGGAACGUCUUUAAAACGGGAACAAUGCUAUGACAAUAUUAGAGUUUCAAAAUCCUCAUGGGAUUCUACAUUCUGCGCCGUGAAUCCUAAAUUUUUGGCCAUCAUCGUUGAAUCCGCAGGCGGUGGUGCUUUCAUAGUUUUACCCCAUAACAAGGUAGGAAGAAUAUCAGCAGACUAUCCUUUAGUGGGUGGACACAAGGGUCCUGUAUUAGAUAUCGCAUGGUGCCCUCAUAAUGAUAAUGUCAUAGCUUCUGGAUCUGAAGAUUGCGUUGUUAAAAUAUGGCAAAUACCAGAUGGUGGUAUUUCCAGGACAUUGACUGAAUCUGUGGUAGACCUACAAUUGCAUCAACGAAGGGUCGGACUUGUGCUAUGGCAUCCAACAGCAUUAAACGUAUUACUCACUGCUGGAUCAGACAAUCUUGUUUUAAUUUGGAAUGUUGGAACCGGCGAAUGUUUAGUAAGAAUAGACUCUCAUCCUGAUGUUAUUUAUUCUGCCUGUUGGAAUUGGGAUGGAUCCAGAUUGGUAACUACAUGUAAGGACAAAAGGAUUCGUAUCUUAGAUCCAAGAACAGGGAAAGUUUUAGAGGAUGCUAUUGCCCAUGAAGGAAGCAAGGCAACACGUGCAAUAUUUCUAAGGGGAGGUUUGGUCUUCACAACUGGGUUCAGUAAAAUGUCUGAAAGGCAAUAUUCAUUACGAGCCCCAGACAUGUUAGGUGAACCUAUAGUUAUGGUAGAAUUAGAUACCAGCAAUGGAGUUAUGUUUCCUUUGUAUGAUCCUGAUACAAAUUUGGUAUAUCUAUGUGGCAAGGGUGAUUCUGUUAUUCGAUACUUUGAAAUUACACCCGAACCUCCGUUUGUUCAUUAUAUCAAUACUUUUCAAACUCCUGACCCUCAACGAGGGAUAGGAAUGAUGCCAAAACGAGGUUGUGAUGUUAAUAGCUGUGAAAUCAGUAGAUUUUAUCGACUAAAUAAUUCGGGUUUUUGUCAAGUCAUUUCAAUGACUGUUCCUAGAAAGUCUGAGCUUUUUCAAGAAGAUUUGUAUCCUGAUACUCCUGGAGAUACAGCUGCAAUAACUGCAGAAGAAUGGGAAAGCGGCGUUGAUGCUGAUCCCAUACUGAUAUCUCUUAGAGAUGGCUAUCAACCAUCUUCGUCUAAAAAUGAACUUAAAGUACAUAAGAAAACGAAUAUACUAGAUAAAGGGGCAAAAGUUGCAUCCAAUCCUGCACAAAAUACUGCACAAGUAUCGCCUGGCAUUUUUGAAGAAAUGUUAAAAGAAUUCACAGAAGAGAUAAGAAAGUUAAAAGCUGUGAUUGUAAAACAUGAAGGAAGGAUACGAGUAUUGGAAUCGGCUGUGGCUCUUCAAAUGAAGGAAGAAGAGAGAAAUGAAAAGACAUCUUCUCCUGCUGACAGAGAGUUGCUAGCUUCUGACGAAGUGUAAUUUCUGAGUCAUAUUUUUAGCUGACAAAAAUAAAAUAAUUAAUCGUGUAACAAAGUAAUUAUAUAUUUUGAUAUAACAAUUUGUGUAAAUAGUAGGUUUCAGCGAUGUGAGGCAUGUUUUGAUUCUUGCAAUGAUUUCUUUGCUAUUUAUUGUACAUCAUUCAUCAUACAUCUACAUUUGUACUAUCUUUACAUCUCUUUAUUGUGUUAAAAGUUAACUAAUAUGGUGUUAGCUACUGUUAGUAUUAAGACAUCCCAUGAUUUUAUAUAUACUAUAGUAUUUCACUAUGUAUAUGAAACUUUAUAACAGUCAUUGUUGAAAAGAAAAGAGUGCCUAAUUUGUACAGAUAUUUUGCUGUAAAAUAACAAAAGUAAAAAUAUUCUAUUUAAGUAAGUGCUACCCCGUUCCUGUACCUUAUUAAAGAUAAAAUUUAUUUGAGUUGAAGAAAUUCAAAAAGAGACAAUAUUGGGUUGGCAACUAAAUGAAUGCGGAUUUUGUCGCUUCCUUAUUUAAAAUCCGGCAAUCACUUAGUUGCCAACCCAAUAUAUACGCGAAUAAUCGUAAAUAAUAGAAAAUAAAGAAAAAGGAAUAUUUUUUAAAUAUCUUUAUACCAUAUAUAGUCAUCAUAAAAUUCAAAUAAACUUUAAUCUAUAAGAGAUUUAUGAUUCGUCGAUUUAUUUUAUAAUUAUUUUUUAUAAUACUAUGAGUCGUCACAUUGAUAGGUUAUAUGAAGGGCGAGUAUUUCAUUUUUGAAAUAUCCGACAGAUAUCGCUAUAGUCAUGAUAGUUUGAGUCCUCACUUGACUCCCGGGCCGGUUCGUUUAUCCGUUUUCCGUAGCCGUCGCGAAACAGUACGUACAGUUCGCUGGACGAUGUGGACCGUCGCGACUUUCGUCAGUGAAUAUGUCCUUCGUUAAAUCGUAACGAUUUUAUUAAUUUAAUUCGACAGUUGUGAACGAAACGUUAAGACGAUAUAUCUCGCA